ACUGAAGCUCCUACCGUCCCUGUUCCCUGCUUGUCUCUCCAUCUUUGACCUGCUCCUCAUUCCUGAGGCCCUUUCCUUCUUGCUCUUUGUUCUUCUGCCUCCACUCUCAGGUCAUAUCUCUCACGAGACAUCCACCAUGGUUCUCCGUUACUUCACCGGUGUGGUAUUCGUGGCCCUCCUGGUGGUAGGACUAUAUUUACUCUUGACCGGUCAGGGUGAACGGUUCAAUGUCGGUUACUUCUUAGAGUCGGUAUCCCCGUAUGCGUGGGCCAACCUUGGAAUUGCUAUGUGUAUCGGCUUGUCGGUCGUCGGCGCUGGAUGGGGUAUCUUCCUGACGGGAUCGUCCAUCGUUGGUGGCGGUGUUAAGGCACCCAGAAUCCGUACCAAGAACCUAAUCUCCAUUAUCUUUUGUGAGGUCGUCGCCAUCUAUGGCGUCAUCAUGGCCAUCGUCUUCUCCUCCAAGCUCAACCUGGUCGAGAACGACGGCAUCUUCUCUGGCAGCGACUACUACACCGGAUAUGCACUGUUCUGGGCCGGUAUCACCGUCGGUACAUGUAACCUGAUUUGCGGUAUCUCCGUCGGUAUCAAUGGAAGUGGUGCAGCUCUGGCCGAUGCUGCGGAUCCUAGCUUGUUCGUCAAGAUCCUCGUCAUCGAGAUUUUCAGUUCCGUUCUCGGUCUCUUCGGUCUCAUUGUUGGACUUCUGGUGGGCGGCAAGGCACUCGACUUCGGUGCCGCUUGAGGGUAUAGGGAUUGCGUAGGGGCUUGUUGUUGGUGGGGAUGAAUUGUAUGACUUAUAUCACGUUUGUCUUCGCUUUUUCUGUUCUUUGUCGUCCGUUAUCUACUGCAUCGGGGCGUACGGAUUCGAUUCAACUGUAGAACUUUGUUUUGGCUAUGUGUGCAAAAUGCAUUGUCGAUCUCGCUGUUUGCCUGAUAUUGCGAUGGGAAAGAGAUGUAUGUAUAGUAACUGGCAGCGGGGCUGGCCUGGAAUAUAAAGUGAUAGGAUGC